GGCCGGAUGGAUUCUUCGGUUAGUACAUAAAUCGUUACGUUUGCGGAAGGUUUAUUUUGCCAGCGCAGCACACCAUUUUGCCGAGCAAGACAAAGAAUGGCCGUUUGGGGGAAAGUGAAAAUUGCCAGUACUACCACAACCUCCAAAGCUCCCUUGGCGCGCACUCCAAGCAAAGCCGGUUCAUUGUUCAGCGAAACGCUGACGGCUGCCCUGGGAAAACGGAAGAGUAAGUUCAAGGAUAUAACCGAAGAGCUCAAUCAGCACAUCAACAACGAGGAAAGGGAGGAAUUGUACCAGCGGCCACUAUUCAACGCGGACAAGAUCCGACGAAUGAUGGAACGCAUCGUCGAGAAGCAGUUCGAUGUGGACGAGGAGGAAAUGCGCUAUGUCUACAAUCCGGCAAAAAACCUCAAGAUGUGCCAGAACAUCUCCAAGCAGAUCAAGGAUCGGCUGAAGACGAUGAACUUCAAACGGCAUCGCAUCAUCAGCAUUGCAACCAUUGUGGAGAAACAACAGCAGGGCAUACACUACAAAAUGAAGUACAUCCUCGAUCCAAAGCUGGACGAUUAUGUGCGUUUGUAUCACGAAACGCCACACUUUUACAUCAUAGCAACGGUAUUGCUGGUACACAAGGAUUAGG